UAGUACAAAAUCGUAGUGUUUAAUAUGUGACAUGUUAAAUUAAUCUUAAUUUUUUUAAAUUUACGAUUGUAUGCGGGAAAGAUUUAAAAAAGAUGGAUAAAAUUUUUCGUAUAUACAAAAUUGAAAUACCUAUAUUAAUUCGUGUUUUCUGUAGAAAAUAUAAUCAACAAAGAUGUAAAUGUACUUAUUACGAAGAAUUGCAAAUAUCUCCAAAUGCAUCUCAAAAAGAAAUAAGAGAUGCCUAUAUUAAAUUAUCAAAACAAAUGCAUCCUGAUAAUAAUAAUACUGGAAAUCAUGAUGAUUUUGUAAAAUUAAAUGAAAUUUAA